AUGACAAAUUCACCACAACAUGAAUUGGCGAAAUGGCUGGUGAAACUGCUUGAGCCAGUUCAUAAAUCAAUGGUCAGACACACUAUCAAAGACAGUUUCGAAAUAGUAAAGCUGUUGGACCAGAUUAAUGUGAAAGAGAAACACAUGGCCUCGUUUGAUGUCCAAUCACUGUUUACGAAUGUUCCCGUUCGGGAGGUCAUACACAUCAUCUGUGACCAUGUCGAGCAAAACCAACUCAAAAUCGGUAUACCAGUAUCAGUUCUGGAACGACAAUUACUACUGUGCACAACAAACGUAUCGUUUUCCUUCCUUGGUCGGGCUUACAGACAAAUUGACCGUGUCGCAAUGGGAAGUCCAUUGGGUCCCAUUCUGGCAGAUAUAUUUAUGGCUCAUCUUGAGGAAAAGGCGAGCAAAAUUUUGGAACGUUCAGAACUUUACAAACGAUACGUUGAUGACGCUCUAAUCAUCACAAGAAGUCUAGAAGAGACAAUAUGGAUUAUGCAUGAACUCAAUCGUCUGCAUCCGAAUAAACGAUUUACGAUGGAGGCAGAAAUUUUGGAAACUCGAGCAAGUGAAUGUACCCCAAACUAA